GCAUAAAGACCAACCAUAUUUCAGAAUAUUUCCCUUACAAAACGUCCAUCCGGCAAAUAUAAAAAGACCAAUGAAAUUGGCAAACAUAGAAAAUCCAAUUGAGAAUGAUGACGAUUCAUUCAGUCUAAGGGCAUUUAAUGGAGAUAAUAACAUUUAAUUUUUUUUUCCUACAUAUAUAUACAUGAUUUUUUUUUACCCCAGUGGGUAAGGGGUCUUUCUAGAAUAUACCCAUGGUAAGAGAUGCCUGUCGUAAGAGGCGACUAAAAUCCAAUUUCAUUUUUUUUAAAUCAAAACUUAAAACGGUUAUACAUUUCUACUUUUACAGAUGACGAUAAUAAUUAUUUUUUUCAUAUCAAUGUUUAAAGUGUACGGACGUGUUUUUGAAUUCGCUCCGUGAUUCUGAUUUUUUGCAAAAAGUAAACAAACAAUAAUACUAAAUAAAAAUAAACAAACAAAUAAAAAACAGUGCAUACAAACUUUUAAUAAUAAACAGUGCACCAAACAAAUAUAUAAAAACAAAAGACAAAACAAAAAAUAACAAACAAUAAUGAGUGCUUCGCAGCCUCACAUGCAAAACCGUAGGCAUUCCUUAAAUGCCUACUUUAGCUUUGUCGAGCCAACAAAAACAACGCCUGGCAAAAACAAACGUAACGGCGAUGAUGAGUCAUCGCAGCGAUCAGAUGAAAGAGAGACUAAGCAAGCGCAGUCAGCAGAAGCAGCAGUAAACAGCAAUCGGGCAACAACAAAUCAACUGACAGCAGCCACUAUGCAGGUACCAGCAAGCACCCGGACAGCGAAGGAAAAGAAAAUGCAAGGUGAGAAUGUACCAAGCAAAAAAGGGCCAUCAGUUCAGACUGGUAUUGAUCGCUAUAUUAAUGUAAAAAGGAAAUUGAGUCCUAUUAAAACAGCGGUCAAUACCAAAAAAUUUCAAGCAGGCACACCAAACAGUAAAAAGCCAGAAAUUCUUAAUGGCAACAGAUUUGCCUUAUUAAGCAAAGAGCCUAACGAAGCAAAGGGUACCACCACGGUCGUGAAUGCCAAACCCCCUCCAAUCUAUUUGCGUGAGCGUAGCUCAAAUGCGCUUGUUUCCAAAUUGAGCAAUAUAAUAGGCACAAACAAUUUUCACAUUGUGCCUUUGAAAAAAGGUAACAUAGAUGAAACUAAAAUUCAAACAUACACUGAAAAAAGUUUCAUGGAUAUUGUAAAAUUCCUAUCAGAUAAUAACAAGAAUUACUACUCUUACCAACUGAAGAGCUCAAAAGGCCUAGUUGUUGUAAUAAAAGGUAUAGAGUCUUCGGUAGACUCUAACGACGUUAAAUAAGCACUAGAAGAAGGUGGUUUUAGCAUUAAAUCAGUAGUAAAUAUUUUUAACAGGAACAAAGUCCCACAACCUAUGUUCAAAAUAGAAUUGAUGCCAGAUUCUAACAAAUUAAAGAAAAAUGAAAUACACCCGAUUUACAAUUUAAAAUAUCUUCUCCAUCGCAGAAUCACCGUUGAGGAACCACACAAGAGAAAUGGUCCAGUACAAUGUACAAACUGCCAAGAGUAUGGACACACGAAAGCAUAUUGCACUCUACGAAGUGUCUGUGUAGUAUGUGGUGAUCUACAUCCCACUUCAAAAUGUACUCUUAAAAAAGAGGAUUUAAAUAAAAGAUGCAGCAAUUGUGGAGGAAAUCAUACUGCUAACUACAGGGGUUGCCCUGUUUACAAAGAUUUAAAAUCGAAAUUGUCACAGGGUAUCCAAGCACGUCGUAAUCAAAUGAUGAAUAUUCCAUCUAAUGAAAAUAUUAAAAUCCCCGUCCAUAUCUCGAAACCAGAAAAUCUUAAAGACAACGCUACACAAGGGAGUUAUGCAAACGUUGUGAAAGGCAAUACUACACAAAUGCAAUUGCCCCAAAACCAACCAAAUGGAAGCGUUGAAACUAUGAUUUUAAACCUUACCCAAUGUAUGACACAAUUUAUGGCUUCAAUGCAAAAUAUGAUUCAAGAGAUAAUCAAAUCUCAAAACCAAAUGUUGCAAACUUUUUUAAGUAAAAAAUGAGUGUAUUGAACAUUUGUUUAUGGAAUGCUAACGGUGUUAACCAACAUAAAUUGGAACUUAUUAGAUUUCUGGAUGAAAAUAGUAUCGAUGUAAUGCUAUUGUCCGAAACUCAUCUUACGAACAAAAACAAUUUCUUUAUACCGGGAUUUAGACUCUAUGUUACAAACCACCCAGAUGGAAAGGCACAUGGAGGAACAGCAGUGUUGGUUAGAAAACGGUUAAAUCACCACACAUCAGAAUCUUAUGCCACAGCGCAAUUACAAGCUACAACAAUAACUAUAAAAAAUCGCUGCGGGGACUUAAAUCUGACGGCCAUAUACUGCCCACCUCGAUUUAAAAUUACAGACAUACAAUUCAAAGACUUUUUUGAAUCACUAGGCCAUAGAUUUAUAGCAGGUGGAGAUUACAAUGCAAAGCACACGUAUUGGGGCUCACGGCUAAUUAAUCCGAAAGGACGACAGUUGUACUACACUAUUAUGAAUAAGCAUA